UAGCAGACGAAAACAUAACAGUUCCAUCGACAUUCACGUGGACGAAAGUGCAAAAUAAAACAUGGAUACGACGACGAAAGCAGUUUCUAGUACCUUUAAUUCCUUGAAAAUUGACGAAUGGUUGAUAAAGCAAAUCAAAAAUUUAGGUGUUGACAAACCUACUCCAGUACAAAUCAAUUGCAUACCUGCUAUAUUAGAUGGACGUGAUUGUAUCGGAUGUGAUCGAACUGGAAGUGGCAAAACGUUUGCUUUUGCUUUACCCAUAGUUCAAACGCUGAGCAAAGAUCCUUAUGGAAUCUAUGCUCUAGUUCUGACUCCAACCAGAGAGUUGGCGUAUCAAAUUGCAGAUCAAUUUCAGAUCAUCGGGAAGCCAAUCAAUUUGCGAAUGUCAGUAAUUGUGGGUGGCAUGGGAAUGAUGGAUCAAGGCAUAGAACUUUCAAAUCAUCCUCACAUAGUCAUUGCCACACCUGGCAGACUAGCAGAUCACUUGGAAAGCUGCAAAACAUUUUCUUUUAAAACUAUUAAAUAUUUAGUGAUGGAUGAAGCUGACAGAUUACUGGAAGGGAACUUUGAUGAGCAGUUGCAGAUCAUCUUUCAAGCCUUACCCGAAAAAAGACAGACACUACUCUUUAGCGCCACCAUAACGGAUACACUGAACAAACUUCGCGAAGUUGCAUUAAAUAAACCAUUCAUGUGGUCGGCCCCGGUUGAAACUGCGACAGUGGAAGAGCUGGAUCAAAGGUAUAUUCUCGUACCAGCGGAUUUCAAGGAUGGUUACCUGGUUCACGUUGUCCAGAACUUCCGAGAAGAGAAACCCAAAGGAUCCAUUAUAGUUUUUACAGACACAUGCAGGAGCUGCCAAAUUUUGAGCAUGACUUUACUGGAACUGGGCUUUCAGAGUUUGUGCCUACAUUCCAUGAUGAGUCAACGCGAACGGAUAGCUACAUUGACAAAAUUCCGUUCGAAUACCGUCAAAAUUCUUGUGGCUACCGACGUAGCCAGCCGAGGACUGGAUAUUCCCACGGUUCAGCUUAUCGUCAAUCACAAUGUUCCUUCAAACCCCAAAGAAUACGUUCAUCGCGUCGGUCGUACUGCUCGUGCCGGUAGAGGCGGUUUUUCACUGACGUUAAUCACCCCCAACGAUAUCAAACUGCUCCAUGCUAUUGAAGGGCGCAUUUGUAAAGAGCUUAAAGAGUUCAAGAUUAAAGAAAAAGAAGUUGUUAAAAUCUUGACUCAAGUGGCUGUAACGAAAAGAGAGCAGGAAAUCAACUUGGACGAGCAAGAUUUUGGUGAAAAGAAAAGAAUUAAUAAGAGGAAGAAAUUGAUAGAGAAAGGGCUUAGUCCUGAAGAAGCCGAUCGCGAAAUCGAGGCUGAUAUCGAGUGGAAAAGGAGGAAAGGAGACAAGAAUUCUAAAUUUAAAAAAAGCAGAGACUCCCGCAAAAGGGAUUCAGAAGAAGCUUCAACCUCAUCUGCCACAAAUAUUCCUGUUGAAUCAGAUUAACGCUUGUAAUAUUAACGACGAAUACAAUUCUCAAAUCGUU